AACAUUUUAUUUAUGUUUGAAAACUUUGUAGGUACUGAAAAUGACACUCCUUACGAUUGAUCAGCUGGUAGUAGCAAAUCUGGCAGUUUCUGUUUUGUUUAUAAAAAUGUAUGAGUCGUGUGCUGUUUAAAGUACUUCAAUGUUUUCCAUAUUAUUAAUAUUAUUAGUAGCUUUAGGCUUCGGUUUGUCGCUAUUUUUGCUAAUAUUACUUUUUCUGAAUCCUAAAAGAUUUCAAAAUACAAUAAAAGAUCCUACUGUUGUUAUUGUAAAAAUAGUUGAACUGCAUCGUGAAAACUUACCUGUAAAUUCUGCUCAUGGCUGGAGUCUUAUUCCUUCAAAUUGUAGCUUACGCUGCUGGCAGAAAGACCUUUCAUUAAAUAUUGUUGGAUAUCCUAUUUCUGUUUAUGGUUGUACAAAAGAAAUACCAUGUGCUGCUGUGAUACUGUUAAAUGUCAUUGCUGAUGUUUCUACUUGGUCAGAAUGGGAUGAUCAAAUUCAGAAUCAGACUGUUCACUUGGAAUUACCUGAUAAUCCAUCAUUGCAUGGUGAUCCUUUUAUGCAAUGUGAUCAGGUCUUGGUAACCUCGAAACUGAACACUAAGCCAGAAAUUGAAAUGUACAGAUUUGGAAAUCUUGAAAGCAAUGGUACAGGCUGGAUUUUGUUGUGGAAUGCAAAGCGCUUAGAUUGGACUCUCUUUGUUGCUCAGCCAAUAGAUGAUUGUUCAGAUCAAAAUGGACUACAGAAAAAUGAAGAAAAAUGCUUAUUGACAGCAAUAUGGGGUUGUGAACCAAAACCAACAAUGCAGGAAAACAUGCCUGACAUAUUAUGCAGGAAAGUACAUAAUUUGUCAGAGGCUAUUUCAUGGAGCCAGUUGAAAAUCCGUCCAUUUCAAUCAUUGAUGCUUCCUUCAUCAUUGACAAAUCCACAUUUUCCAACCAUUCAUUCAGCUUUAGAUGAUCUUCCAAUAAAACCAUGUGUUCUUUUAGAAUAUGAAAAAGAGAAAUCUGCAUUUCAGAAUGCUGUUUUAGCUGUUGUGCCCCAGUCUUCUCAAAUACCCAUGACAAUUAAUAGCAUAACUGGUUUUUCUUUGGUGUUGCAUCAGUUAAAGAAAUCAAACAGCGCAGGUAUUUUAAAUUCUGAAACUGUUGUAUCUGAAGAUAAAAGAAGAUCCAGGAGGAGACAGAAGGUUAGGAGUGAUUCUAUGAAUUCUGGAUUUCCUCGAAAUAAGGGGAAACUAUACUCCAGGUCAGGCAUUUUAUUUCUGCAACUGGAAAUCGAAAAUAGACGCUCGUCCUCACUUUCUGCUCCUAUCCGAAAGAAGCCUCCAGAGCUUACCAUUACACAGCCUGAAGAAGAUGAUCAGAAACCGCAACGAGCUGCUAGUCAUUCUUUUCUCAAUGUGUUGUUUCCUCGCCGACAUUCAUCUGAGUCUUGUCAGAGGAGUAGGAGUGCUUCACCUUGUAGGAGCUUAUCACCAAGAAGAAAUAAAAAGAGGUUUUUCAAGUUUGAAAAAAAUUCCUCUCUGUCCAGUCAAGAAGACUUAUCGAGCAGAUCUUCAUAUCAAGACUUCGAUUUAUCAGACACUAAUGAGGGUGAUCAGAACUUUCUCAAAAUGGCACACAGUGCACGAGAAGAUAACAUAGAUUUCAAAGCUUUAGGCGAAUAUUCCAUCUCCGCUGUUCUUCAAGAGAAUCUCAAGGCAUCACUUGUUGAUAUUGAUGCACCUGAAGAAGAACAGAAAAGAAAAAGUGGAGGUUGGGUAUUUAAAGAAAUCAAUAAGAAUAUUGCCAUAUUUAAGAAAACUAUGUCAUUUGACUCAUGUGUGUUUAUGAGCUAUUUAUGUAAAGGAAUUAUUCCAACUCCUCUUAAUGUUGUGUGGAAAACACUCUGCAAUCCUCUAACACGUUUUAUGUAUGAUGAUACUGUCAAAAAAAUAACUGUUUUAAGUGAAUAUCCAGAAGGACAAAAAUUAAUUCACAUGUAUAAUGAAUCUGUCACACUUUUGCAUAAAGAAGUGCAGGAUUUUUGUAUUCUUCAGACUGAAAAAAUACAGGGGUCUAAAUAUCUGCUUGGUUUCCAUUCUGUUAAGGAUGCUGUUUGUCCUCCUGUUAAAGAUAUUGUUCGAGGAACUGUUGUUGCCAGUGGUUGGGUACUCGAACCUGUUAAAGACAACGUUGAGUCAUGCCAAGUAUCUUAUUUAGUCCAGAUGGUGGUAAGCAGUCCUGAAGCUAGUACAACCAUGGAAGAAAUUAGUCAUUUGCAAUCUCAAUGUAUUAAUAAUUUGAGCAUUUAUUUAUCUGCAAAACCACCCAGCUAUUUGCCUGUGCAAACUUAAGUCCUCAUCAAGUGCUAUAUUCACACAAGAUGUACCUCUUUAACAUAACAACUGCUGUUUUCUACUCAUUGAACAAAUAUUUUAAUAUGCCUUCUUUUAUUGUGAUGUGUUGUUGAAAGGAAAAUUAAUUUUUAUACACAGGGCUCUGCUUUCUCUGUUAAUAAUAUUUUAUGUUUUAAAUAUAAUGAUCAAUAGCUGAUAGCUUUUGUAAUAUUACAUAUCAGUUGUCAGUGAAAUGUUUUGAAAUUUUUUUUAAGGUAGCUCAUAAUAUCACUAUAAUAUAUUUAUACUGAUUUCAAUGAUAAUUAAUUUCAGCAAUUUUAAGAUUUAAUUUUAAAAUUAAUAAAACAUUUCAUGAUUGUAUAAUUUUAUAAUUCAGAAAAUUUUUUGUCGAUCUCUUUAAAUGCAUGCAAAUGCCUUAAAUGCUAGUUUCCAUAUUCUUUUACAAUAAAUAAUAGAAGUAAAUUAAUAAUUUUAAAAAGUUGUAAAUUAUAUUUCUAAAAUUUUUUUAAAUCAAAAAAUUAAGUUUUAGAUUUUAAUUUUAAUUUAUUUCGAUACAAGUUAAAAUUACUUUUUCUCUAUACAAAGUAAUAAUAAAAAAUUUCAAAUUUGCUGAAGCAGUUUUUUCCCCCCCAUCAAUUUAUAGACUUUAAUCAUUUUGAUAAUUUAUUAAAUGAUGAGGAAAUAAUCAUCAUUAAUAACAUUGGAAUACUAAUAUUACACUUUCAAUAAAGUUGGAAUACUUUUUGAAACUAAAUGAAUAUUAACUCUUGCUAUGUGAAUAAUGGGGUGUGCAAGAUAAAUCUUAUUUGAUUUAUUUAUCCAACUUUUUUUUAAUUACUUAAAUUUUUCUAUGUUAAUUUUGUGGUAUGUUUUUAUUUGUCUUUCUUACAAAAUAAACUCAAAUGACUUAUGCCCUCAAUAUCUUAUUAAAUUACAACAAUAUUUGAAAACUUAUUUGUUUCAUUUGAAUAAAAAAUAAGAUUUUAAGAUAAAUUGGAACAAAAAUAAAGUUUAGUCUUUUAGUUGUUAAAUGAAAAGAUUAAGCCCUAAAAAUUAAGUUGUAUGUUAUAAGAUUGAUCUGAAAAAUUAAUUCAAGCAGGAAUUAUAGAAGCUUGAGAUAAUAGAGUGAAAGAUACUGCAAUUUGAGUAAUGUUUUUAGAGUGACUGGUAGUUAUUUGAAAUCCUUUUUCAUUUUAUUUCUUGAAUAGGUAUGCAAUAACUUGUGUUACAUUAUAUAAAGUUUUCAUGAAAUUUAUAUUAUAUAGGUACUUAGAGAUAGGUCACAAUAUCUACUUAAUUUACAUAGUCACACUAUUUUUCUUAUUUUAUUUCUUGUAUAUGAAUGAAAUAAAAUAGUGAUUAUGGAGUUACCUUAAAAUAUUUCUAUUUGAUGAAUUGCAAUGAUAAUGACAAUGUUGUAAUUUAAAACUAUGAACAUGUAAAAAAUAAAAUAACGAGAAGGAAUAUACUAGAAUAUAUAUAAAAUGAAAAAUAUCUAUAGACUUGCUUAUAUCUAUAGACUGAGUGUAGAAAAUUGCUCAAAUAAUUUGUUGGCUCAACAGCUAUACUAGAGUAAUGUAUUAAUUAUAAGGUAUUAAAUAAAUUUAGAAAAUGAAGCAGUGUAUUGGAAUGCUAUCUGUAGAUUUAGCUUAAACUUGUGAGUAAAGUAGAAAUCUUUCUUUUUAUUUCUUGUAUUUAAUUCCUUUUGCACGUUAUUAAUCAUAGAAACAAAAUUAUGACUAUAAUUAUUGUUGAGAAUAUGAUUAGACAAUGUUAUGUGCCUUUCUUCUGGGUAUUAAUUUUUCUCCCCACUUUCUGAAUGAUUUGUUACAGAAUGUAUGAUAAAUGAAAUGAUAAAAUUAUAUGCUUUGUUAAAUAUUUAUUGAAUGUGUAAUGCAUUUAAUGAAUUAAUGUUCUGUUCUAUUUUCAUACAGUUUUCAUUAUGUAUUAGUGUUUAUUUAUUCUUUUUCUUUCAUUUUUUUCAUUUAAUUCUCAUCUCUUAAAUAUCUUAGAAUUAAUUAUUCAAUUUUAAAAGAUGUACAAUUUAAAAGUUUAUGAGAAUUUUGACAAUGAUUUCUAUGUCUAAUAAAUUGGCCAUUUUAUUAAAUUACUUUUAAUUUGCUAUUGUUUCCAAUAUCUUAAAUUUAAUAAAUCAACUUGAAUGUACAUUUCUUAAGGUAAGGUAAUGUGUGCAUUAAGUUUUUGCUUUUGUUAAACAUUUUUUUUUUCUGAUGCUGUAAGAAUAUUUUUUAACACAAGUAAUUUUAUUUUUCAAAAUAAAAGUUGUGUUUCGAUAUCAUUGAAUGUAUAUUAUAAUUGUUAACAAGAAACAUACAUUUUAUUAUGUAUGUUUACUUUUAUCAAUUAUUGUUGAAAUCUUUUAAUGAUUUCAAUAAACCAGAUGCAGAUUAUUAUGAUGUGAUAAAUAAAUACAUUUUGAAUGAAUAUCAAAGAAUCAAUUAAUCAAUGUUGAUAGUUUAACAAAUUAUAUCAUUCAUUUUGCUAUCUGUUAUGUCAUAUUUUCAUGUCUUUGCAUUAGAAAUCUGCAUUAAUAUUAUAUUUAGAAAAUACAUUAAUUUUAAUAUAACAUUUUUUCAAUGAAAAGUAAGAUUUUAAAAUAAUAGGGAUUGUUAUUUUUAUAUAUUUUAAUAAAAUAAGAAAUUCAUCAAUCAGUUGUCUGGUCAGAAAUCAAUAUUUAAAAAUCAUCUGGCAUAUAUAGUUUUCUAAAGUAUAUAUAUGUAAAUUUAUAAAAUAAUUGCUUUUAUUUUAUUUUCUCUUCCAAUAAUUUAAAAUUGUCUGAGUAGGACAGCUAAUAGUAAGGUCCAAACAGUAAUUUGCAGAUUUCUAUUGUCUCCAUGCUUUCUGUCCAUAUAUAUUUUCGUUUUAUCUUUGUCACAUUUUUAUAUGUCAGUUGAAUUAAACUGAAAGAUACGUUUUGGUUGCCAUAACUGUUCCACUUAAAACUGUGAUGUUUCUUUUUCCUGUCCUAUUUUUAGCAUUUAAGUAUACUUUGAUUUUAUUUUAAUGUUAAUGCCAACAUUUUGUUGCAGUGAUAUUGAUUUCUGUCCUUGCGAUCUUAAAUAAAACCUAAAACUGACAUACUUACAAAAUGUUUUUUAGGUCUACAAAAUGAUAGGUUUAAGAACUGUUGAAAUUAUGCAUUGCUUAUAAUUGUAGUACUUACACAAUACUUAACCUUAUUGUGGAAUAAAUUUUUCAGAAAGGAAUAGUUCAAGUGUUAUAAUGCAGAUCAUCAGUGAUGUUUUUUAAUGCAUUCAGUCGCCAUAAAAUUGAAGUUGAAUAAAACAGUUUCCAAAUUGA